CCAGAGUCUGCACUAAGGCAUUAAUUCUCGCUCAACUCUCUACUACUUUGACAUUCAUUUACACGGAGAUAGUCGUCAUUGUCAUCAGCCAUUAUGCCGCUCUCGGACUUGGAAUCGAUCAAAAGGUGCUUACCUACUGAUGCAACUUCGAGCAGACCCGGAGCGGAGAUAUACAAGAGGGAAUAUCCGCCGGCACACUACUCCCUAAAGAUAAACUCGUUCUCAUUGCUUUCGGCAACAAAGGUGGAAAAAUACGAGUCUGGAAUAUUUGAAGCAGGGGGCUACAAAUGGAGCUUGAGCCUUUACCCCAAAGGCGACAAGAAAAACAAUGGUGCAGGCCACAUCUCCCUCUAUCUGGCAAUAGAGGAGACUGAUAGGCUCCACCAUGGAUGGGAGGUUAAUGUCAAUUUCAGAUUCUUCGUGCUUGAUCAAGCGCGGAACAUGUACCUAACUAUCCAAGAUGCAGAUGGUGCAGUGAGGAGGUUCCAUGAGCUGAAGAGAGAGUGGGGAUUUUCUCAGCUGAUUUCCCUGGAAACUUUCAACGAAGAAUCCAACGGAUACCUUGUCGAUGACUCCUGCGUCUUCGGGGCCGAGGUUUUCGUCAUGAAGCCCAUGGGGAGGUGGGAAUCACUCAGCAUGAUCAAGCUGGAACCACAACAUAACAAGCACACUUGGACGCUCGAUCGCUACUCCAAGAGAGCCAGGCAGUUCUACUAUUCCGACCCCUUUUCCCUCUGCGGGAAAAGUUGGAAACUAAAGUUCUUCCCGAACGGAACACUGCAAGGGAAAGACAAAUUUAUCUCUCUUUUCUUGGAGCUCGUCGGCGCAUUGGACCUUCCUCCUAAGAGAAAGUUGUACGCUGAAUAUAAGCUGCGGCUGCUCGAUCAACUCAACGACAACCAUCAAGAAAAUAAGUACAAUCACUGGUUUUGCCCUUCAUCAGUCAACUGGGGAAGCACAGAGCUAUUGCCAUUGGAAGAUCUGCCAAAACCUGCAAAUGGAUUCACUUACAAUGACACUGUUAAGGUUGAAGUCGAAAUCCUCGUCAUGUCCGAGGUCAAGGUCUUCUCUGGAGGAGUUUGAUUAAUAAUAGGAUUGCUGUUGUCUUCUUCCUGGAAUUUGAAUUUCUUUCAAUAAUAAUGUGUACUUCAAAUAAAUGGUUAAUUUUACCAUACAACACGAUAUUUUACAAAUUUUCGGCAUAUAACAUCAUAAUUUCACCAAAUUCACGAUAUUUUGAAAUUUUUUCAUGGCAUAACACGAAACGUAAUAAUUUCAUCAUAUGACACAAAAUUUCAAAAAAAUUUAUGGCAUAGCACGAUGUUAGUUUUCCGUAAAUGAUCUAACAGAGAUAUGACGUGGUUGUGUAUGGCUGGAAUGAACAAGGGUGGGCCAACAACAUCAGUCAAUCAAAUCUCCGUUAAGUCAUUGACGGAAAAGUAACACUGUCCUAUGCCAUGAAAUUUUGUGCCAUAAGAUGAAAUUAUUGCAUUUCGUGUUAUGCCUUGAAAAGAUUUUAAAAUAUCAUGCGAUUUGGCAAACUUAUGACGAUAUUUAUUAUGUGAUGAAAAAUUUCAAAAUAUCACUGGUAAAAUUAACCCUCGAAUAAAUUGUACUCGUCCUUCUCGAGCCGGUCCAACUGUUUUGUUUUCUGUCAAAAAAAAAAGGCAUGUAAUUCGUAUAAUUAUCCUGUUAAUUGCUCUUAUGAAGAAUGCAAUAAAAUUUAUAUAAAAUGACUA